UGUACGAGCUGCGGCUGCUAUCUCGUCGCGGGGAGUUGCUGAGCGAGCCCAGUCCAUCAGUCAAUGUCUCAACCAUGGGGAUGGAGAUCUACCCCGCCACAUCCCGACUCCUGGAGCUUGUCCCGGAGCCAUUACUGGCCGGCGUGCUGGGCGGGGUCGGCUUCAUGUGCUUGGCACUGGUCUUGCUGCUGGGGUCCGCCUGUGUCAUCAGCCGCAAGAGGGACCAGCGUCGCAGAGAGAAGAAGCACGAGUCCCCCUCUGUCAUCUAUAAAUGCUCCCCAUCAAUAAAGACUUCAGGCACUGGCAGUCCAGACAGUGUGUUGAAGACGAGCCUACUCCCAGCCAGCAUCCUCUAUCCCACCACUUCCUCUACCACCACCACCUCCUCCUCACAGACAGACUGUUCCUCCUUUAGCGCAGACAGUCAUCAUCGGCGGAAGCAACUAUCAGCGACCAUCUACGGCAGAGGCCGCCUUGCGAGGACAACUUCUUCUCCGAUUCCUCCCCCAAUCGAGUUGAUCGACAGAGGCCCGGACGGGCGCUUCGCACUCCCGUACGAUGAUGACUUGGCGAGUGUUCAAAUCCAGGAGAGCAGAAGGUACUACCAAGCUCAAGUCCGAAGGUCUGUGUCGCUGCACUCGGAGAGGGAAGACAGGAAGCAGCCAGCGUUUGUGCUCUCUGUUGAUCUCCCACCUUGCAAACCAGCAGAGGCUGAUUCCACAAAGCAAAGUCGUAGCAUGGUCCAAGGUUUGUCCCAUCAUGGCCCUUACAUCUUGGAUGAGAAGUCGAGCUACGAUGUCUAUCCUGACGACAGCAGCCUGGGCUCAAACAGUAGUUUGGCAACCAUUCCUCAACAAGACAGAAGAAUAACUCCCACAUUUCCAGUGCUCCCACACAUACGGUCAGGCCUUGGUCAGCCGUCCACGACCGCCAGCUCUCUGGUUCUCCAGAUGGAGCAUGAGCGGGAGAGAGGAAACCUGAGUCACUGCCUGAAGCUGGCCCGGGAGAGGGAGGAGCUGGAGAGGGAGCUCCAGAGGUACACCCUGGAGAGGGGCUCCGUUAGAGAAAUGAUGAGGGAGCAUUCAGACCUGGAGAGUGAUGAGGCUGCUGGUAACGAGCUUGUGUGGGAAUAUAAAAGUAGCACGUUGCCCCACAGAUACCCCCAGGGCAGCAAGGAGAGCUUUGGUCUGUCACAAAGGAGAGUCUGUCACACUCUGAUCCCUGCCCGGACCUGCUUCAGUGCGUCUUCACCGGCGAGUUCCUCAUGUUUUAAGUCCGGUGACCUUCAACCUGCUCCAUCCUUUGACAAACAGAACCCCCUCCUAUUUGAGGAAGUAGGCAACUUCUCCAAAGGCAGAUUAACUCUCCCACAUCCCUCCUCAAAGCACCAGAGACAUGAAAGGGUAGAGGCAGCACCAGAGGGCUAUGAUAAUUCAUCACAAUCCACAGUCUUAGUAAUGCAAACGAAUGAUUUAUGCUCUGGGGCACAGAGACAGAACAAUCUUAGUCAUGGCAGCCUUUCAACGUUGCCUUUCCAUAGCAGUAAAUACGCCCAGAGAUCUAAUUGGGCUGCCAAUGGAGUGCCAGACUCCGCAAAAGCAGAGGUGGCAUUCCCCGAGCUCACUGAUAAAGACGUGUGUGUUGAGAUGAGUGUGGAUGAGCCAGAGUUGGAGGAGUGUGUGACGCGGCCUGCGAAGCCCAUGCUCCACCACAGAAUCGCCUCGCAUGUGCAACAUGGGCGCUCGCUGACUUGCAGAGGUCACCGUGGGGAUUGGUCCAGGAGCAAGAGCUUUCACUGUUGCAGUCCUGCUUCUGUGGACGAUUUUGUCAGGGUCCCACCUCCUCCGCAAGCUCCAGGACCAGAACCCUGGAGAGUUGGGACCCAUGGCUCUAAACUCUGGGACUCUAAGCAGCGAAGUCAGAGCCUUGACUCACGGAGACGGAAAGAGAGCAGUUUCCUGCCUCCUGAUGCGUGGAUAGACUCUCUCAGCCAAGAAAACUGCUCAGUUGCGUCUUCCCGUCGUCCACACACUCUGUUCUGCGAACCCCAGAGCCCUCCGACCAGGAAGAUCUCCAAAUCUCCUGCAAAUUCUCCUUCUGCUACCCAAGCUGCCUCCCGGUCACCUCCUGCUGUGGAUGCUUUAUCUCUAAGGAGCAGACCAGAGAGGCCCAUACCAAAUGCUGACGUGCCUUGCCACUUCGAGCCAAGAGGAGAGGCGUCCAUCCUUCCGAAUGCCGCCAAAUGGCCAGUAGACUACCGGGAGGCCAUGAAAGAGGCAGGAGGUUCCUUGGAGGCCAUGCGGGAAGCUUCCAGAUGCAUAGCCCCCGAUGAUUAUUACCAAAAGGCACUAGAGGUGGAGGCGGAGGGCUACGAGGUGCCAAUGUCUGGGAGCAGCUACAGCAGUUACGCCAGCAGCGGGCGAGGCAGCAUGGAGCCCGCCAACAGACGCCUGUCCCUGUGUCACCUCUCCCCAACCCUCACCAGCUCACCUGAGACCAUAGAGGAGGGCCAGGGGAGCACAGAGGACAAGCACAAUCACCAAAUGGAACCAAGCCAAAGGAGAAAGGCCUCAGUUGAUGAGAAUUAUGAGUGGGAUGCUGUUGAUUUCUGCUCACUGCCGGGAGACCAUAACGACCUGCCUCCUUCGCUGAUUCCACUGAAGUCCGCUCCGUGCUGCAGCCUCCCCAGAAUGCAGUGCUCCACUAAGGCACAGAAACAUAGCGCUCAGCUCUCUCUGCUCCUGGGGCAUCAAAGCAGCUGCUCUGCUGAGCCAGAACCAGACACCGUGCUGUUCUGACAGCGCCAGCCCUCGCCUCAUCUCACCUGAUGUGUCCUUUCACUUAUUGACUGGCAUCACAAGGCGACAAAAAGUCCACGUGGCAGAAAGUGAGCUUUUUUGUCUGUCCCAAUCUAAUUCCCCUUUUUCAAACCAAGAAAAGAGGACAAAAUGGCCUUUAAGGGGAGUCCUCUGCUCGGUCUCUUUGAUAGACUUUACUUGGAAAAUAAUGGUUUUCAACAAUACUGGUCUGGGUGAAAGUGAUGGAGACGCAAAAUCACCUUUACCCUUAUGCAGAGCUUUAAAAGUUUGCUUUGUGACCCAUCUGCCAUCACGCUCUUGGCAUUUUCUUUUGAGAAAAAGAGUCUGCCAAUCUGCCGAUAUCAAAGCUUUUCACUGCGCUGGUGGCUUCACCACGUUCUAUGUGUGUGGUUUGAUACGCAUUCAUCAUCCAGAGAUGACUCAGUGGCCACACAAGGGAAAAAACGAUCUCAGUCAUCAUCAAGUGACUAGUUUUGGGCUGGGGAUGAUUAAGUUUAUAGAUAUCAUCAAUCACCUUUGAGUUCAACAAGAGCUGUUGAUGAAAUGGCAAUAAAUAAGGAAGAUAAAUAGAAUAUAAAAACGCUACUUUGCAAGGCAGUUCAUAUUUUGCUUUAGUGUAAAACUGUUUCUAAAGUGUAGUUCUCCAAGAGAGAUCAUUAACUGCUUUUUUUGCCCUUGAAAUACUGUAAAAAAAAUAUUUUCAGUAUCUAACAAUCUACUCGCUGUGGCUAAAAGCCUUAGUUUCCUUCAAGAACUCUAAUUAUGCUUGGUAAUUAAAGAGGGUCAAGUCGACUUGUAGGGUUUGCCAGUUUAUUUG